UUUUUUUUUUAUUUAACCAACAAUAACCUUCAUGGCUGACAAUAUACCGGAAGUUCCUUUGUCUUUAGUCUCCAAUCAGUAUCUCGAUAAGAAAGUGGCUCAAAUCCGUCUGAAGCCUAUCCUUUGGGAGGGAUAUGAACGUGCCAAUUUACUUACUCAUGCUCAAGUGGAACUUAUUAAAUCCAUCGACAAGAAAUCUUCACAAGAAAUUCAAGUUGCUGUACAAGGCAGGGAAGAUACUUACGCUUCUUUGAUUCUAUAUCUUUUACAAAGUCUUUCUCGUACCGAUACCGUCCAGUAUGUUUGUGUUUUGGCUGAUGAUAUUUUAUCUGGUAACGAAGAAAAUGCUCGUGGAUUCCAUACUAUUGCCAAUGAAAACAAAAGUUACCCAUAUGGACCAUUCUUCAGAAUCUUGCAGUUGAACGAUGAAUUGGCUUGCUUGGAAGCAACCAAGAUCUUGACCAUUCUAGCAUCAUCCUCACCUUGUCCUGAACAAAAUGAUCUUACUGAACUAUAUUCGUGGUUGGCAUCACAACUGACCAACGCAAACAACAACUUGGUGGAUAUUGCUGUACAAGAAUUGGAAUCACUCUUACGUGUUCGCACCUAUCGUGUACCUUUCUGGAAGACUCCCAACGCCGUGAACAAUCUGGUUGCUUUACUUGACAAAUCCGCCACACCUCAAAUGCAAUAUCAAGUUAUCUUUUGUCUAUGGUUAUUGACCUUCGAACCUUCCAUUGCUGCUGAAAUCAAUGAAAAAUAUGAUAUUAUUCCCACUCUAGUUGACAUUGCCAAAGGUGCCAUCAAAGAAAAAGUUAUUCGAGUUGCCAUUGCUACUCUUAGGAAUCUUGUGGAAAAAGCUCCUUCUCAAAACUUGGCUGCUAUGCUUGUGGUGAAAUUAUUACCCUUUACUGAAAAUCUAUCUGCUCGUAAAUGGUCGGAUGCUGAUAUCUUGGAAGAUGUGGAUUAUUUGAAAGAACGUUUACAGGAAAACUUCCAAAGUCUCACUACCUUUGAACAAUAUGCUUCAGAAGUGGAAACGGGAAAAUUAGAAUGGUCACCUCCACACAAAUCGGAAAUCUUUUGGAAGGAAAAUGCAUAUAAAUUGGAAGAACACAACUUUCAAUUACUCAGAUCUCUUGCUCGUAUUUUGAGUACUUCUACCAAUUGUCUUAUAUUAUCUGUGGCUGCCAGUGAUAUUGGUCAUUAUAUUAAAUUUGCUUCUAGACAAGGAAAGAGACUUUUACAAGAAAUUGGUGCUAAACAACGUAUCAUGGAAUUGAUGACACAUGAAGAUCAAGACGUUCGAUACCAAGCCCUCAGCUCUGUGCAAAAAUUGAUGCAUCAAGCUUGGGAAUUCUAAAUGGACAAUAUUGAUAACAUUAAUUUAGUUAAAAGAUAGAAUCAAAGUUUAUUUCGAAAAGGAUAUCAAAAAUUUGAUAUCAGAUUUGUUUUAUUUGUUCAAAUAAUUUGAAAAAUAAAAAAAAAACAAAU